AUGCAAUCGCAGCAGCCGCAACGUCCGCAACAUCCGCAACAACAGCAACCCCCAGAACACCCGGAACAACAGCAACAACAAAAACUGCAACAACAAAAACUACAACAACGCUCUCGCUCAAUGCAUCAUGGGCAACUUGAUUUAAAACAGACAGCAAAGUUAUGCGCUGGAUACUUUUGGUGUGGUGUAAAGGAUGCUUUUGCCUGGCCCUCAAGCUUAAUUAUCAUUUAUGGGUCAACAACAAUACGAACUCGCGCUUUAAAAUCGCGAGAUAACGUUGCGAGUUCUAGUGAUAAUGACGAGAUGAUAAUACCGACAUCAACAAAAACCUUUUUUGAUUCGUUUGUAAUCUUGGCAUAUCAGCUUCUAUGGGUCUAUCCGAUCUUUUUGCUUAGUUUUUUUUUUAAUGCUAUGUGGUAUCAACAGAUUGCAGACCGUGCUUACACAUUACAAUAUGAUAAAUCUCCGAAUCCGCAGUUGACCUACACUCGGUAUAAAUGGAUAAACAAAGGCUGGUCUCUAGAACAGAGAAUAAGCUAUUUUGAAGAGAGAUGGGCUUAUUUUGCAGGGUUUGGAUUUUUAUUUACUUUGGUGACAUUUUUUGCUAAUCAGUUUUUGAGUGCGGGAAUAUUCGCAGUGACAUUUCCAAUCUAUAUCAUCAUGGCAAACAAUGCACUUCCAAUGCCACGAAAAAAUGAAAGUGCUAGAUUUUCGGCAUACAUUCCAUAUCGUAUUCGAAUAUUUUGGCUAGCGAGAAAAUUAAAUGAUCGUCUUAUUAAAUGCCUCCCUGGACAACGAAGAAGACAUGGGCAACAACGCUGA